CUAAAGUGGGAGGUGCCAUAUAUAUUCCAUGAUAUCUCCCCAACUUCGAACCUAUUCGCGUAUACUCUGAAACCAAAAGUUUUCACGCAAAAUGGCUGACUACUACAAUACUGGUCUCGGCAUUUUCAAGAGGCUGAUCAAGGCAUCUGCCAAGGUAGUAUCUUUGGCUGUUUUCGCUGUGCAGCUUCGCGCUCGGGACCUGAUCUGGACCUUAAUAAACCUUGUUGCCCGUAAUCGUCCGGCUGGAGGAGUUAUACCACCAGGGUACCCAGGCCAUGGGGGUGACUGGCCAAAGUACAUCGCCCCAAACCUCGAAAGUGAUACGCGGUCACCCUGUCCUGGGCUAAAUAAUCUCGCCAAUCACGGCAUUCUUCCACGAAAUGGAAAACAUCUUACAUACCGACAGAUGGCCCACACAAUUCAACAUGCAUAUAACCUCUCACCUACACUGGCCGAACGGCUCACUGCCGCAGCCAAGCAAAUUGACCAGGGCCGAGGUUGGAUCGACUUGCAUGAUCUCAAUGCCUUGAACGUUAUUCAACACGACGCUUCCUUUACCCGGCAUGAUAUCGCCUUCUGCCCUGACCAAAGCUCACCCGAUCGCGAUCUCGUGGAAAGGCUCCUUGCCCAUGCCUCAAACGGGCACUCGCUCUCACUCGCAGACAUAGCAUACUACUCUGGGUUGCGCCGUGCUGAGAGCAAGCACAGCAACGGCGAAUACUCACUGGCACACAGCUUUCGACAUAAGUAUUUCGGCUCUGGAAAUGGCGCCCUAAUCUCCGCUGUAUUUGGCGGCGAUGUCAAAGACUUGAGGGUGUGGCUUGGGGAGGAGCGGUUUCCAGCUGGGUGGGAGCCGAAAAAUAGAGAGGCACUUGGAUACACGAUUGUGCAAUCACAAGCAUCGACUCUUCUGAUUGAGUUCAGCAUUGACGAGGAGCAGCAGCUCCGCCGUGGGGAUGAGUUGAGCUCUCCGGCAAAAUUGCAUGAGUAGAUGUCGUCCUCUGUGAUUGUAUUGGUGUUUUUUGGAUGGUAGCUUUACCGAUUGGCACAGUUAGGCGUUCUUUGCUUGACGGAUAGGCCGGAAAAGCUAGGUUCGAUAGCAAAUUUAAUACUGCUUUGGCGUAGUAUCCAGG